AGAGGGAGAGAGGGAGAGAGAGCUCCAUUCAAGGAAGGGAUAGAUAUAUACAAACGUUUUCAUCGACCCCAUUUGAUUAAAUGAAUUGUCUUUAAAGACAGGAGAGAAAUUCUCGGUAGAACUGGAGGUGGACCUUUGCAAACCGGCAUUCCACACCCACCUUUUAUUCUCUCUCUUCUUCGCUAUGACUACCCUUUUCUUCGAGGUUGCUUGAGCUUUACUACUAAUACUACCCCCACCCGCAAUUCUUUAGGCUGGACCUUUGAGUACCCAUUUGUGUGAAAGGAAGAAGAAAAAAGGUGGUCAUUGGACUGGACCUCAUUGCUGCUGCUGCUCCUGUGGGGUACUUCUCUUCAUCCGGGUAAAAGCAUUUAACUUAUAGAUAUGGGUUCUGGGGACUGGUUCAAGUCUAUAAUCAACCUGAAGAAAGUGAAGAACGAUGGUUCAAAGAGAUCAAAGCCCGGAAAACAGGCAUCUUCAUCUCCUGGGAAGUCAAAUUCCUUCAAGUGGAAGAGCCACUCAAAUAAAGAGUCUACAACUUUGGAAAAUGGUGCUGCUCCUGGAAAAAGUUCUCUUGGCAUGCCCCUUGAGGAUAGAGCCGCACUACGAAUUCAAACAGCAUUCCGGGCAUACAUGGCACGGAAAAUGUUACGACGUUUGAAAGGGAUAGUAAGAUUGCAGAUCCUGACACAAAACUUUUCGGUCAAAAAGCAAGCAACGACAACACUGGGGUAUCUUCAUUCCUGGAGCAAAAUACAGUCCCAGGUUAGAGAUCGCCGUCUUUGUAUGGUGACAGAAGGGCGGAUAAAACAGAAGAAAUUGGAGAACCAGAUGAAACUUGAGGCUAAACUCCAUGAUAUUGAGGUCGACUGGUGUGGUGGCUCUGAAACCAUGGAAGAAAUUCUUGCAAGGAUACAUCAGAGAGAAGAAGCAGCAGUUAAACGUGAACGAGCCAUGGCAUAUGCAUUUAACCAUCAGUGGAGGGCCAACUCUAAUACCAAUGGCGUGAAGAAUUAUGAACUUGGAAAAGCGAGUUGGGGUUGGAGCUGGAUGGAGCGAUGGAUUGCUGCUCGCCCAUGGGAAAGCCGAGUACCUAUUCAGACCAUUAGCCCGAAGAAACCACUUAACAAGCAGGGAAGUAAUGUCGCUAAAAGCUUGAACCAGCAAACGCCAAAGGCCGUGAUUUCACCAAUACCACCUCCAUCCUCCAACGGGAAGGCAACUACGAAGGCAAGAAGAUUGUCUUUCCCAGCAGCCGAAAAGCCUGCCAGUCUGCUUUCAGAAAGUAAAUCUGAGGAAGCAAACAAUAAGAAAGAAUCGACGGUUGCUUAACACAGAGAUCAUGGGCGGUGUUGAUUUCUUUUCCAUACUUGAGUUGCAGAGACGGCGAGAGAAAAACCAUUUGUUUUGUCAUUUAUUAUUGCUGAAAUUAUGUGUAUAGCUUUUGCUUGUAAAUUCUAUUGGUGUGAGGAUAAAAAGACCGGCCGGAUACGUAAGCUUGUCUGUUCAUUUUACUGUUGCCUUUUCUGGAAUCCUGAAUGAUGUGAUUUAUACUGUAUUUAUGCUGUAUAUAGAUAGUAUCUUGAUUCCAUUUGUCAAAA